CUCUCUCUCUCUCUAGGGUCAUUAAAUCCUCCUCUCAAUAGUGAAUCGUUCUCGUGAUCCGUGGCUUUCCACACUGAGUGUUGUGCUAAUCCUCGACAGACCCAACGAUAUUUAGAGGUCUCAUGUAGCUCAGGAAGCUCGAAGAAGUGCCGUGUUAGAUGGUGCAAGGCAACCUGAGAGGCAUUUAUCUCUAGAGUACCACACAAAGAAGGUUAAGAGAGAAAGAGAGCAUCUUCGGUAGGAAACAACACUGGAUUGAGAUCGGUGAUCAGGAAGCCAAAGAGCUCGGUUUGGUUCUUCCCUCGCAGUUUAUUUUGUAGGAGACGCAUAGUUCUUCUCGAUUGAAGUCUACACGAGAUGGGGAAUUGUGGGAGGAAUGGAGCUGUGAGACAGUAUGUUCGAUCCAAGGUUCCUCGGUUGAGAUGGACCCCUGAGCUCCACCUCUGCUUUGUUCAUGCCAUAGAAAAGCUUGGAGGCCAAGACAAGGCCACGCCGAAGCUUGUGCUUCAGUUGAUGGAUGUCAGAGGACUAACCAUAUCCCAUGUUAAGAGCCAUCUCCAGAUGUACAGAAGCAUGAGGAAUGACUUGGGCAAGCAAGCAGAGCUGCAUGAAAGAAAGCACUCAUGCCAAAGCAAUGAUGAAGGUCCUGAUGAGCAAGACGAUGUUGGUUCUUGCCACGCUUGGAAGUCCACUAAGGAGUUCCAGUCGCAGUUCUUGUACUCUCCUCUUCCCUCUCUGAAAAGGUCCAGGUUGGAUGCACAACCCAGCUCCAAGAAGAGUGUGCAAUGCAGCCAGCAAAUCUGUGAGGCAGUCACCUCCCAGUACUGGAUUGACAAUUACAUGCAAGCCUUGGCUGUGGAUAGGGGAAUAAAGGAGGAGGGUUUUAGCUGGCAAAGGAAGGAGGGUCAGCAGACUGAGGACUUGGCAGCUGAUCACUCUUCAAAGCUCAGAGUUCCUGGAUGCAUGGUGGAAGAAUCUGACCCUUUAAAGGCUACUGUCUGGAGUGACCAGUAUCUCACAUCCGCAAAAGAGUUGAUGCCCAUAGAGAUAUACGAGAAUGGAUGUCUGUCACACAAAUCCCCACCGCUUAACAAUGAGUUCGCGGAGAGUGAGGAAACCAAUGAUUGUUCUUUGUCCCUGUCCUUGUCGUUGCAUCCAUCUCAAAGCAACAAUUCAUCAUCCGACGGAGGAUGCUGUGCACUAGGGAGAAACUUCAAUGGUCGUCACUCGAGCUACUCUGUCACUCACAGAGUUAAUCUGGAUCUCUCCAUGUCUAUCUGUGGCUCUUAAAUACAUUAUUUCUUAAUUUCUAUUUCUUGUGAGUCAUCUUCUUUCCUUGGCCACUCUUAUUGUUGAUGGCCUUGGCAGAAAGUUACUGAUUUAGAUGAGCUAAAGACUUGUUUUCAUCUGUAAUAUAGAGUACCUCUGAUGUGUCA